AUGGGAUUCGGCCCAAUUGGUGGCGGCGGCGGCGCCGAGGGCUGGUUUGGCGAAAUAUUUAACUUUUCUCCUGAGCCGGCUCAACUGCCAGGCUCGGAGUACGGUCUCGUCGAAACGAAGCCUCUACUGCCCGAGAAUCUCGGUCCAAGCGGCGAGGCGAUGACGGCGACGCACGAUAUGUUGGAGCAGAUGUCGUAUCUGUGCGUGAGCGUGGUAAAGGCGCGGGACCUGCCUACCAUGGACAUGACCGGCGCGCUGGACCCGUACGUGGAGGUGAAACUAGGUGACCUCAAGGGCGUGACGCGGCACCUGGAGAAGAACGCUAACCCGGUGUGGCGGCAGAUGUUCGCCUUCUCGGCCGCCCAUCUGCAGUUCGACCAGCUGCAGAUUAUCGUUAAGCACAAGGACGUGCUCCGAGACGACUUGGUCGGCCGCGUCGUCUUCGACGUGGCCGACAUCCCGCGCCUCUCGCCUAACAGCCGGCUGGCACCGCAGUGGUACCACCUUUCCGAUGCCAACGGCAAGAGGUUUCCGAAUAGACAUAGCCUGGGCGAAAUCAUGCUCGCUGUUUGGCUCGGCACGCAGGCCGACGAGGCCUUCAUGGAUGCGCACGCCCUCUCCCUGGAGGGGCUCACCAACACGCGCUCCCAGGUGUACUACUCCCCCAAGCUCAUCUACCUCAGGGUCUCCGUCAUCGCGGCGCAGGACCUCAUGGGCACUAAGAAGGAUCAACCACUAGGGCCGACCAUCGCCAAGAUCCAGAUGGGCAGCCAGAUAAUGCGGACGCGGCCGGGGCAGCCGCAGGGGUCGGCGAACCCGGCCUGGAACGAGGAGUUCAUGUGCGUCGUCAGCGAGCCAUUCGAGGACCCGCUUGUGGUGACCGUGGAGGAGAAGGUCGGCACCGGGAGGGACGAGCCCAUCGGCCGCAUCAUCAUCCCCAUGGCGUCCCCGUACGUGGAGCGCAACGACCUGUUUAUGCCGGUGCCGUCCAAGUGGUUCAGCCUCUCGCGUGGGAUGACCGGGAGCAAGAUCCUGCUCAGGAUGAGCCUGGACACGGGGUACCACGUGAUGGACGAGCCGCCGGAGUACAUGAGCGACCUGCAUCCGGCGGCGAAGAAACUCCGCAAGAGCGCCAUUGGCAUCCUGAAGGUGGAGAUCCUGGGCGCUCGUGACCUGGCCGUGGGCGUGGAGAACCCGUACGUCGUCGCCAAGUACGGCAAGAAGUGGGUGCGCACACGCACUCUCCUCAACACCACCGCGCCGCAGUGGAACGAGCAGCACACCUGGGAUGUGUUCGACGUCGGCACCGUCAUCACCGUCGCAGUCUUCAACGACUCCCACGGCGCUGCCAAUGACCAGAGGAUCGGCAAGGUGCGCGUUCGCGUCGCCACCCUCGAGACGGAUCGCAUGUACACCCAGUACUAUCCUCUCGUGGUGCUUACCCCGUCCGGGCUGAAGAAGAUGGGGCAGCUCCAUCUUGCAGUCCGCUUCACCUGCAAGUCUUGGCCCAAAAUGCUGGCAAUGUACGGCAAACCACUGCUUCCCGAAUUGCACCACACCAACCCCAUCUCCGCGCCGCAGAUGGACUACCUCCGGUUUAAGGCCAUGGAGAUGGUGGCCUCGCGGUUGGGCAGGGCCCAGCCGCCACUGCGGAGGGAGGUGGUGGAGUACAUGCUCGACUUCGACAACCGCACCUACAUGUUCAGCCUGCGACGGAGCAAGGCCAACUUCUACCGGUUCAUGGUCCUCUUCUCACCCAUCAUGGCCAUGUGGAAGUGGUUUGACGACGUCUGCAAGUGGAAGAAUCCAGUGACGACGAUUCUGGUGAACGUGGUAUACCUGAACCUGGUGUGCUACCCGAAGCUAAUCCUGCCCAUGGUAUUCCUGUGCUUCAUCAUGAUCGUUGCGAGGAACUACCGGCAGCGGCCGCGGAAUCUGCCGCACAUGGAUGCGGUGCUGUCACACGCGGAGAUCGCACACCCGGACGAGCUGGACGAGGAGUUCGACACGUUUCCCGCGUCCAGGCCGGCUGACCUCGUGCGGAUGAGGUAUGAUCGACUACGGUGCAUCGCCGGCAGGGUGCAGACGGUGGCAGCGGACCUUGCUUUGCAGGGAGAGCGCCUGCUGUUCCUGCCCCGCUGGCAUGACCCCAGGGCGACAACCAUCUACAUGAUGCUCUUGGUGAUGAUGGCAUUCGUACUGUACCUGACGCCGUUCCGGGUGGUGGCCAUGGUGAUACAGCUCUACUUCCUCCGCCCCCCGUGGUUCCAGAGCAAGACCCCGAGCAUGAUCUUCAACUUCUACCGUCGCCUGCAUUCAAACCAAGGCCUCAUGCUGUAAGGUUGAUGCACGUAGCAUUUGUCUUUUUGUUAUUGUUGACUAUGUUACCUUUUUUGUGUGCAAAA